AAAACGAAACCCUCCCGAAUCUCAGAAUUAUCGCCAACGCCAACGCCAACGAAACCACCACGAUGCCCGCUUCCCGCGAAUUCCGUUCAUCCGUCUCCUGAUCCUUUCGCAGCUUAGGGUUUCCACUCCAUCUUCCUUCACGCCCAAAGAGUCAUGCCGACAUUCACAGCAAUAGCUUUGGAUAGGUUGAUUGAACCAGGGACUUCAAAAUCCAUGAUGACUAAGAAGAAUAUUUCCGAUUCUAGGCUGCCGAGGAGAAACGAUAUGCCUAGUACAAAUACAGAUGAGGGAAUAAAUACUUCCAAUUCAAAGCUUGAGAGGAGAAAUAGUACAUCAACAACAACAAUAGAUAAGAAACAUCACUGGACUCAGAUAACGCCAGCACUCUAUGCCACCCCUGAGUCAACACCGCUCCCUGAUUCUCCAUCCUCCUUUCCCCCCUCACCUUACAUCAUCAAUCACAAGCGUCGUGGGCCACGCCUUCUCAAACGUUUCUCUGAGGAUGAUGUUGGUGCUCGGAAGAAAGCUCUAGAGGAAAAUAAAGGAAAUGAAAAUGCAAACACUGCAGAAAAGGAGGCUGCUGACUUGGUCAAGGAUAUUAGUCCUGCUGUUACUAGCCCUGUUGAAGUGGAUCAUGUAAAUGCUAUUGGCAAUGGAGAAGUUGGAAGCAGCAACUUGAGCCGAAGUUUUGCUACACAAAAUGCUUUGACCGUGCAAACUAGUCCAAUAGAGGCUGUCGAAUUCAGUUUGGAGGGAGGUGCUGAGCUUGAAGAUUUUCUUGAGCCGCAAGAGUCAAUGAGUGCUAAGAGCCAUAUUGAGGCUGAGAGCAAUGGUGGGCUGGACAUGUCUCUGUGUCAAAGUACACCUGUAGCUGAGUUUUUUGAUGCUUGGGAAGAGUUAUCCUCUGACAGUGGAUUUCAGCUGCCUCCGCAUGAUGUUAAUGCUGAAUUGCGUGAAAUAAGGCUGAAUUUGUUGAUGGAGAUAGAAAAGCGGAAGAAAGCAGAAGAAGUUCUACAUAAUAUGCAAAACCAGUGGCUGAGGAUUAGGCAGCAGUUAUCUCUUGUAGGAUUGACUCUUCCUGCAGACCCCGCUGCUACUGAUGAGCAACCAAGCAUGGAUCCUGCAGAAGAGCUGUGCCGCCAACUCCAUAUCGUGAGGUUUGUGUCAAAUUCCAUUGGGAGGGGUAUUGCUAAGGCUGAGGCUGAGAUGGAAAUGGAAGCUCUGAUGGAGUCAAAGAACUUUGAGAUUGCUCGUUUAUGGGACAGAUUGCAUUACUAUGAGGUGGUGAAUAGGGAGAUGUCCCAGAGGAACCAGGAAGCUAUAGAAAUGUCACGGCGUCUUAGGCAAAGGAGGAAGAGAAGGCAGAGGUGGCUUUGGGGUUCAAUUGCUGCUGCAAUUACACUUGGAACAGGUGCCUUGGCAUGGUCUUACCUUUCAACUGGAAGAGGGUCAUCUUGUACCAACAAAUCCAUCAUUCCUGAGCAUGACCAUGCAGCCGAUUGAUGAAUUGCUGAUGAUCAAGUAGACUGCUGAAUGCAACACAAUGAAGCAAAAUAAGAAUGCAAGAGGUUGAAUAUGCCAUCUUGUGGAUACCCCGAUAUAUUACUUUCUUGAGGGUUGCAUAGUUGCUACCUCCCAGGAUGUAUAGUUCCAUAAUGAUAAUAAUUAUGGUAGUGCCUUGAGCUGCCAAACGGGAAUGAGGUGAUGAAUGCAUCAUACAUUUGAUUGAUUUUUUUGCAUGAAAAUCAGGCUUUUUCUUGUGCUCCUGUGAUGUUGAGACUAUAGGCAAUUGAAGGGGGCACAAGGAACAAUUCCAAGUUUCUAGCAAAUUCAGGCCAGCUGGACAUGUGCUGCGAAUGCUCUGCCAUCGUAACCAUGGAACAGGUUUGGAAUACUACUUGUAGGAGAAUGCAAUCUGUAUCUUUUUUCUCAUUAGCUUGCUGGGAAAUCCCCCGAACAUGGGGGUUGUUACUACUGUAAAAUCUUCUUGACCCCAAAGUUUGGAUUUGUGCUUCUUUGUUUGACACAGGUCAGUGGGGUCCAUAUCUCUGUCCUGGAAGCUGACCUACUAAUAAUAUGCUUCCAGGUAUGUUGAGAUCGAAUGGUGGAGCAAAUUUUUUACUGCAAGUAAGCUUGAUAGAACAAAAACUGUCAUGAAAGAUUGUCAUAACUAUGCACUUAUGACUUACCUGCUUGGGGUAGGAUUGUGUAGGUGCACAUGGUGAUGGACCAGUACAAGCGGUAGGCCUAUGGAAUUUUUACCUUUCAAACUCACUAUGUGAUCUUGAUUGGUGUGGGUGAAGCCUAGCGAAAAGCUUGCCGAUACUUGUUAAUUCAAUUUUUGACUUGCUAAUGGAAUUAGUCUAAUAGCUUGGUGGUUGCUAUUUUUUUAACUCUUUAUUAUAUGCCACCUCAGUUGUUGCUUGAUUCUAAGUGAGAUUGGGAUGUCGGGGCUAAUCCAUUUAGCGAUGGGACAGUUCGUCAUCUUGUUGACAGUCCAUGGGCCUUGCCGACACACGCACGGCCCUAAACAAAGGGUUUCGUGUGGGGCUUUGCUUCCUUGUAAUAUUAGAGAUAGAGAUUGGACCAUACACGCCAUGCCGCAUGUCUUCAAGUUUAUGGUUGCUUUUCGUCAGCUAUUUUGGAUAAGACUAGAUCGUUUCGUAAUUAUCCAUUUUUUUUCUCCUUUUUUAUUUGAACCUAAGAAGAUCCUGUAAGAAAAUUUGUGGACCACCCGGCGGGUCUGUACUAGUUAUUGUACAUAUAUUUUUGUAAUUUUCAAUAUCCAAUAAAAAUGUUAAAUGAACAAAAAGUUGCAAGUA